UUUGGUUGCUUUGGCAUUUUCUGGUUCUGUUGGGAUGACACUCCUUGUUUUAGGAUGUGCUUUACCACAAUACAACAACUGGUAUCCUUUCUUUGUUAUAAUAUUUUACUUGCUUUCACCUAUUCCAACAUUAAUAUCCCGGCGGUACAGAGAUGAUAUGGCAACUAGCAGUGCAUGUCAUGAGCUCGCUUUAUUUUUCACAACUGGCAUUAUAAUAUCAGCAUUUGGUCUCCCUAUAAUACUUGCUGAAGCACCAACAGCAGCACCUGUGAUUACAUGGGGUGCUUGUGGUUUGGUUCUUGCUGGUAAUGUUGUUGUCUUUCUUACUAUACUUGGGUUCUUUGUGGCUUUUGAUAAUGAUGAUGUAGAUUACAGCAUGUGGUGAUGUUAGUUCAUAGUGAGGAUCUCGCCCUAAGAGGCAGCAUUUUUGUAAAAAAAAAAUGUAAAAAGAGUAUUAAAAGUGUAGAUUUGGUUGGCUUUCAA